UUUUGCCCUCACGAGGCUGCGCUGCCCGUAUCUAUAGGGAAAUUUCAUAUCCCCUCGUGACCCGCGCUUCCUCUUUGUGUCAUGUGACCCGCGCUUCCAGAACUGCUCAGUGACAGCAUCCUGACGAGUUUGAAUGCGGCGGUGGUGACCCCAAGGUCCGGAAAUCGGAAUAAACCUGUGAUGACGUCGGCAGUGGAGCUCACGGAUGAUCUAGUCAAAGAAUAUCUCGCCUUCAGGGGAUUCACCAACACUUUAAAGUACUUUGAGGCCGACAUCAAAGCAGACAAAGAUAAAGGAUUCCGUGUGGAUAGGAUCGUCGAGCAGCUACUGCAGUUUGUUCAGAGCUAUGACCUGAAUGGGCUAGUAGAGUACUGGGCCUACAUGGAGCGUCGGCUCUUUAGCCGACUGGAAGACGUUUAUAGGCCAACUAUCAACAAACUGAAAACCAGCCUUUUCCGCUAUUACCUUGUCUACACCAUACAGAGCAGUCGAACAGAUAAAGCCCACGAGUUCUUCCAGAAACAGGCGACUGAACUGCAGAACCAGGCGGAAUGGAAGGAGUGGUUUGCUCUCCCCUUUCUUCCUGCUCCCGACUCCAACCGCACCUUCUCGACGUAUUUCUCGCGCCAGUGGGCGGACACCUUCACCGUGUCUUUGCACAAUUUCCUUAGCGUUCUCUUCCAGUGUAUGCCCGUCCCAAAAAUUCUCACCUUUCAGUCUGAUUACCAGAAGAUCGCCUUCUUGCAGGAAGAGAAUGAAGUCAUGCGGCAGAAGCUUUUUGCUCUGCAAGCGGAGACCUACCGAUCACGAAAAGAUGGGCCGUCUGAGCCCUUGGUGCAUCACAAGUUGCCUCACUACGUCUCCAACAUGGACAGACUGGGGGAUUCCGAGCUGUGCAGUAAUACAAUAUCAAGUAACAGUAAUGCCAGCAUGAAUACCCCGUCGCAAAGGAGCUCCGGCUUCCUCUCAUCUCUACUCACGCAGAACAAAAAACCCCCACCUUCCAAAUCAUCUCCGGCUUCGGUGUCCUCCCCAACACAGACUGGGGGCUCUGUGCCACUGAAGAAGGAAACUGCCAUUAGCCAGGCUCAGAAGGCAAAAGAACUUGUUGGGGGAACUAAAGAAGUCAGAAGCAGCCCCAAUGUUCUCGGGGUUCCCGGCACAGAUGCGACCGUGGUUCAACAGAGGCAGAAACGUCAGCAAGAGAGGAGGGAACUUCUGUCUAAAACAGCAUCACAGAGCACCGAAAAGAAGACAGAGAGUUUAGACCUUGAUCCGGAUUCGCGUUCGGAUGCACAAAAUGAGCCGGUGGAUUCAGCGAGCAGAGGUUCUGGGGGAAGCAGCGCAAGGAAAGAGGAGAAAUCGUCACAACCAUUCAUUGUGCUGAGCCAGGACGAGUAUGCGGAGCACCAUUCCUCCAUCAUGCACUGCAGGGUCGACUGCUCGGGGCGCCGGGUGGCUAGUCUGGAUGUUGACGGGGUGAUUAAAAUCUGGUCUAUUGAUGGCAUCAUGCAGACAAAAGCUUCCGCCAUCUCCAAAUCGGCUCUGCUCUCCCUGGAAUGGGCGACAAAGAGAGACAGACUGCUGCUGCUCGGAAGUGAAGUCGGCACCGUGCGUCUCUAUGACACAGAAGCGAAGAAAAACCUUUGUGAGAUCGGGAUAGUAGAGGACAUGCCCAGGAUCCUGUCCCUUGCUUGUAGUCCAAGUGGUGCUUCCUUCGUGUGCUCAGCUGCUUCGGCGACCUCCCCGAGCCAAACGGACCCAACAUAUUACAGCUAUGGGGAGAAUGGAAGCAACCAGGUACCAGGAAAACUGCUGCUCUGGGACACAAAGACAAUGAAGCAACAGCUACAAUUCUCUCUGGAGCCUGUGCCUAUAGCGGUGAACUGUACAGCUUUCAACCACAAUGGCAACUUGCUGGUGACGGGGGCCGCCGAUGGCUUUAUCCGGCUUUUUGACAUGCAGCAGCACCAAUGUGCAUUGAGCUGGAAGGCCCACAUGGGAGAGGUCUACUCUGUUGACUUCAGUUACGAUGAAAAUGCAGUGUACAGCAUUGGGGAGGAUGGAAAGUUCAUUCAGUGGGAUAUUCACAAAAGCGGUCAGAAAGUGUCCGAGUACUCGCUGCCCCCUGAUGCCACCGGCCCCUUUAUGCUGUCUGGAUACAGCGGCUACAAGCAGGUCCAGUUUCCCAGAGGGAGGCUCUUUGCCUUUGACUCCGAAGGGAAAUACAUGCUGACCUGUUCCAACACCGGAGGAGUCAUCUAUAAGUUGAACAGUGAUGGGAGCACCCUAGAAAACUGCUUGUCUCUUGGGGGCCACAGAGCACCGGUGGUUACGGUAGACUGGAGUACAGCUGUGGAAUGUGGAACCUGCCUUACGGCCUCAAUGGAUGGAAAGAUCAGACUGACCACCCUCUUGGCUCAGAAGUCUUAAUCCCACGUCUCUUAUCCUGUCUCCCGCUGUCCUGUUAAAGGGAUACUGUCAUGUCAUGUUUUUUUUUUUUCUGCUCCAGCUGGAUUCUGCACUGAAAUCUAUUUCUCAAAAGAGCAAACAGAUUUUUUUAUAUU